AUGCCUUUGGAAUCACACAAAAAUGGUAUUGUUAUAUCAAGAGUCUAUUGUAUUUCUCCUCAAGCUAAGGAAUCUUCAGGAGCGCUCGAAGAGACGAAUACAAUUACAUUGGUUCGGGAUCGACGAAACCCUCCGUGGGAGGCUAGAAACUAUUUCAAUGAUUUCGUCAAGAUUUGGAUGAAUUAUUUUAGCGAAGAUUAUGCUCUGGCCUGGACAUCCAGCAAAGUGUCAAUUAUUCUAACUAUUGGGCUCCUUUUCUACGAUGGCGCUAGCAUUCGUUAUUGCCUACAUAUUCAUUUACACCUCUUAUAUAACUUUCGGACCGGAUUCCCACAACGCGAUAUAAUAUGGUUCUCUGUUCCUAUUCACAUGGCAAUAUACUCAGCCAAACCAAGCGUCCUGGCGUCUCACGUGCAUUUCUUGUCUAUUUCGAUAAGUGUUUGGCAAGAUUCUAGAGUUACAGGCGUCCAGCUGAAGUUGCGGACGAUGGUAAGUAUGCGCGAGCUGACCGUCGCUCUGCCUACACCGGUGAUGAUACAAUCUUCCUCGAGCCUAAUAUUAUUUGAUGUGUUUUGGACAUUUUCGGUAACUUGUUAUGUAUAUAUCCCUCUCCCCACUUGGUCUUGGAUUCCUAGCUUUCCACAUACAGUCUUGAUACUCCCACUUCAAAUGGUAGUCGAAACUUCAAACUCUCAAUGUGCCCCGAAUUUGGGCCUUUACUUCAAUGUUCAUAGAAGAACUCGGAAACUGAUCAAACGAAGUAUUUCAAGCUUUUGGGCGGAAGAGUUCAUGAAUCACAACAAGUUUCGGGAAUCGUGUUAUGAAACGGAAGCAUCUAUGGGAACGAGCUCUACUGGCACCUUCUUAAAGCUGGAGAUGAAACAAUAUAAUACGACGAUGGCGAUGAAGCAACUUGAAAGCACCUUAUAG